GGAGAGGUUGAAUCGAAACAAACUCGACUGCAGUGUGCAGCCAAAUCCAUUCACGUCAUAUCCUUUCCACCGGUAGUCGCGUAUGGUGCUUUCGGGACAUGACGGGCUUCCUUCGAAGAUCCUGGUCGCCGCGAAUUCGCCAAUUAGCGAGGGAAUACUCUCAAUCUGUCAAGAUUUUGAGAGAAGCUCCCGGCGAGGCCACUUCGCCUGCUCUCGUCCACGGCAUUCAUGUUUUCCACUGUCCGGAUGAAUUGGGGAUUGUGGCCAAGAUAUCGGAAUGCAUAGCUUCUAGAGGUGGAAACAUUCUUAGUGCUGAUAUAUUCGUCCCCGAAAAAGGGAAUGUCUUUUACUCCCGAAGCGAGUUCAUCUUCAACCCUGCCAAAUGGGCGCGGACCCAGAUGGAUGAUGACUUUUUAAAGCUUUCAAAUAUGUACAAUGCAAUGCGGUCUGUUGUUCGUGUGCCCAGCGUGGAUCCUAAAUAUAACAUCGCAAUAUUUUCUUCAAAGCAGGACCAUUGCCUUGCUGAUUUGCUGCACGAGUGGCAGGACAGAAAACUCCCUCUAAACAUAACAGCCGUGAUAAGUAACCAUGAUAGAGAUCCAAACACCCAUGUUAUCCGAUUUCUCGAAAGACAUGGCAUUCCUUACCAUUACUUGGACACGACUAAACAAGACAAAGGAGAAGGAGACAUUUUGAAUUUAGUGAAGGAUACAGACUUUCUAGUGCUCGCUAGAUACAUGCAGGUACUCUCGGGCAACUUCUUACGGAGUUACGGGAGGGACAUCAUUAAUAUUCACCAUGGGCUGUUGCCAUCUUUUAAAGGUGGGAAUCCAUCUAAACAGGCCUUCGAUGCUGGUGUUAAGUUGAUUGGCGCAACAGCUCAUUUUGUCACUGAAGAGCUCGACGAAGGCCCUAUUAUUGAGCAAAUGGUGGAGAGAGUUUCGCACAGAGACAACCUACGGAGCUUUGUCCAGAAAUCGGAGAACCUGGAGAAGCAAUGCCUCGUUAAGGCCAUAAAGUCGUACUGUGAAUUGCGAGUGUUGCCUUAUGGCGGGAACAAGACCGUCGUGUUCUGAGACAAUGUUCUUAUUACUGCAGAUGGAUCAAACAGGGAAGAUGUUUCAUUAGAGUCUUCUAGCUAUAUUUAUUUCAAAUCUGGUUUUGAUCUCAUCGAAUUGUAUGUCCAUUUUUGGCCGAAACCUUCGUAUUAGUUAUUUAACUCGUGAGUGAGUUUCAUACUUCAGAGCUUUCUUAGCUUUGUUAAAGUAUCAGCUCCCUAUCCUGCCCGGGCCCUAGUAGUUGGGGCAUGUUGUAUUUCCUAGGUUUUGGAUUUUAUUUAUAUUUAGGUGAAAUUACGAUUAUUUUGUUUGCUAUUAUUCUACUUUGAGAUGUAUUGAAAUAUUUGUGUUCUUUUUUGUUUUA